UGCUAAUCGUUUUUUUGUGUUCUUUAUUUUUAUCUAUGCAGUUUAUUUUGUGAAACAUUUUGCGGCGAUUUUACAUAGAUUUCUUUUGACACAAAUUAUUUAUUUAUUGGCUAAAAGUAUAAAAUGGAAUUUACAAUAAAUCAAUAUUUUAGCAAGCAGAAUGGCCGGUGUGGUUAUUGCAAAGGCUUAAAAACAUCGGUUUCCCAUGGUAUGCAUUCAUACACAAUGUUUCCACAAGAUUAUCAGGAGUUGAUCGAUCGCGGCUGGCGUCGUUCGGGUCUAUAUUGCUAUAAACCGCUGAAUAAUGAAACCUGUUGUCCUUGCUAUACAAUCAAAUGUGAUGCUUUAGAGUUCAAACUGAAUAAAUCACAUAAAAAAAUUUUAAAACGUAUGACGCGUUUUUUACGUGAUGGUAAGAAAGAUAAAAGCGAAGAAUCUGGCACAGCUAACGCUGUUAAACAAGUUAAGGAUGAUGGUGGUGCCACGGAUGGUGCAGUUAAUGAAAUGGAUACUAUAGGUGGUAUGAAUGAUGAGCCACGAGAACCAAAUUUGCCUAUCACCGAUGUCGAUUUAGCUGUCGUAGCAGCCGCCAAUCCGGAAAAGCAUGAAUCAGCGCGCAAGCAACACGAAAGCUUCGAUGAUCAGCAAUCAACGCAGCCAGAAAGCGUUAGCAACAGCACUACAGAAAGUGCGGAUGUAGCUGAUGGACAAAUUGCAACAAAGAAAUCGCAUAACGCCACCAAUGUACAAUGUAAGAAAGCGAAAAUCAUACGUUUGGAACGUCGACAAGCUAAAAUUGUCGCGGCUGGCGGUGUACAAGUGGCCGAAAGUAAAAAGGCAGCAACAAAAAAGCAAACAAAUGCGCAAGAAAAGACACUUGCAGAUUAUUUUGCCGAUGCAAGUCCGAGUGAUAAACACAAAUUACAGGUGAUUUUAAUAGCGCCGCAUAAAAAACACGUUACUGAUGAAGCAUUCAAUUUAUAUAAGAAAUACCAAUUGCUCGUACACAAUGACGAUCCAAAUCGUCUAACACCAACUAAUUUAGAGCGUUUUUGUUACAAAUCUCCUAUUAAGCACAAGAAAACACGCGAUGGUCCUGCAGUCGGCUAUGGUUCAUUUCAUCAACAAUAUUGGCUGGACGAUAAGCUUAUAGCUGUGGCCGUCAUUGACAUCCUACCAUAUUGUGUCAGUUCAGUCUACUUUUUUUAUGAUCCAGACUAUAGCUUCUUGUCGCUGGGCACCUAUGGUUCAUUGAGAGAAAUCGAUCUUGUGCAACAAUUGGCUGACAAAGUGCCUGCUCUCAAAUACUACUACAUGGGUUUCUACAUACAUUCUUGCCCCAAAAUGCGUUAUAAGGGCCGUUUGACGCCCUCCUAUUUGCUAUGCCCUGAGGUGUACACCUGGCAUUUGCUGACUGAUGAAAUUCGUGAUAAAUUAAACCAAAAUAAAUAUCAACGUUUUAAUGCGAAUACUGAUGCUAAAGAUGUGGAUGAUUUUCAAGAUUCGGAUUUAAAUAAAGUUGUGCUUUUGUACGAUAACACUUGUUUAACUUAUCGACAGUAUAUACAGUCAUUUAAAAUACCCAGCAUUGACAACAUGUUGGACGUCAUAAGGAGCAGAAUUUACAAAAAGCUCACUGGUGAUGAUGAUGAUCGUGCCGUUGUAAUAGAAUAUGGCAAAUUGGUUGGCAAGUCUUUGUCACAUCGUAUGCUUUAUGUCAAAACUUGAAGCUGUUGGCAUCCUAACUUUAUAUAUUUGUAAAUAAUAUUUGAAUUUAUGGCAUAUAAUUUCUAUAAACACAGUUGAACUGUUUAGCUAAAUUUAUGCUUAUUGUGAACUAAUCUGAUUGUGUUAUACUUUAUUUGCUAAAAAAAUGCUAUUAUUUUAUUUAAAAUCACUGUUUAGCAGAAAUGAACUAUACAAAAUAAAAAUUAUGUUACAACA